AUCAACUUUACUUUUUCGCGAUUUUUGAAUUUCUAUUCGCAAUAUCCUGGAUAUAGUCUCAAAUCAAGGGAUUUAUCUAAUCCGGUUCACUGCUCAUUCGUAGGCAAGAACAUUCUGCUUAUACUCUACAGACAGCUUCUUCUGUCGCAACCAUGCUACCCUUGAUCACUCUCGAAGAGCACUACGUCUCUUCCAAAGUGCGCGAGGCCGAAACAGAAGACCACUACGCCGGCUUUCCCAGACAUAUCGUGACCAAAUUACAAUCACUCGACGAUGAGCGCAUACAAGAUCUAGACAAUGGAAACGUUUCCCUUCAAGUCAUCUCGCACGGUCCGGGCGAUAGACCCCCGCAUCUCUGCGUCUUAGCGAACGACGAUCUUGCCUCUGCUAUUUCCAGACAUCCGACUCGACUAGCAGGUUUCGCAAUGCUGCCUAUGAGCGAGCCAGUCGCAGCGGCAAAGGAGCUGGAACGCUGUGUGCGCGAGCUCGGCUUCGUAGGCGCAUUGAUCGAUAACACUGCGAGCGGAGUAUUUUACGACGAUGAACGAUUCUGGACCGUCUUCGAGAAAGCGCAGGAGUUAGAUGUGCCAAUUUAUAUCCACCCUACUUUCGCGGCUGAUGGUGCCAUGGAGCAUUAUCGGGGUAACUAUGACGAGUCUAUCGCUCUCGCUUUGAGCGCAUACGGCUGGGGCUGGCAUUCGGAAACGGCACUGCAUAUCCUCAAGCUAUACGCCAGCGGACUCUUCGAUCGCUUCCCCAAUAUCAAGGUCGUAAUCGGUCACAUGGGCGAAAUGCUGCCGUUCAAGCUCGAGAGAGUAAUCACCAUCUCUCAGCGAUGGGGGAGGGAAAGAGGACUACGGGAGGUAUGGAGGGACAAUAUCUGGAUCACGACGAGUGGGAUGUUUGCGCUGCCGCCGUUGGCGUGUCUGUUGCAGACGACUUCGAUUGAGCAUGUGUUGUAUAGUGUAGACUACCCGUUCUCGAUGAAUGAGAAGGGAUUCCAGUUCUUUGAGGAGAUUAGGAAAAGUGGACUGAUUGCGGGGGAGGAUUUGGAGAAAUUUGCCUUUCGGAAUGCGGAGAAUUUACUCCAUGUUAAAGCCAGUAGAUAGUAGAGAUGAGUGAUUUGGACAUUUCUUGGAAGACUGUGUUGCUGGGACUGGAGUACUAUACCCGCUAAUCAAUAUCAAUGUCUUGCUGUUGCGA